AGGAAGUUCUAUUUGCGUUUAGCAUUAGAUUAAUCAUCAAUCAGUAACAUGAACAAUAUUGUAAAAUUACCGUUGUGUUCAAAUGAAUCAAAUGGGUAUAAUGUAUGAUAUAAAUCCACAUAGCGUCCAUACAUGUACUGUAACUUUUCCCUUAUUGAGUUAUUCUGGUAGGCUACUGUUCAGAAAGUCAAGUGCCGAAGUGGUGUACGGUACUAAAAUUAGCUUGAACUUGAAGAUUUCCAUGGCAUGUCACAUGAAGAUCAGCCAUGCUUGGAAUAUAGCUCAAUGAGAUUUGAAGAACACUGGACCUCUUACUCUAGGGAUUGAUCUCAUGCAUGUUGUGGCAGAGGAGCUUGGUAUAGAAGACCUCCAGUCCAUGGAAGACACACUUGUGGACCAGGACAAUUCCUUUGAUAUGACUGAUGACCUGGAGUGUGUACCUGUCACUGUGUCUCUAGGCUCUCCUGCACUGGGUGUGUCGUCUGUGGACUCCCCCACACUGAGUGCCAUCACUGUAUGCUCCCCCGCACUGGGUGCCGUCACUGUGGGCUCCCCCGCACUGGGUGCCGUCACCGUGGACUCCUCUACCAUGGGUGUAUCGGUGGCUUCCCCUUCACUGGAUCUUGACGCUCAUAUGUUAGAGGAAACGUUGGCCACACAUAAUAAUGGCCCAAUGCAGAUUUCCCAAGAAGCCACUGGCUUGGCGAACCGCCAGGAGUGUUCAGGGUGUCAGAAGAAGAUCACGGAGCGGUUCCUCCUGAAGGCGUUGGACCAGUACUGGCAUGAGGACUGCCUCAAGUGCUCAUGCUGCGACUGCCGGCUCGGGGAGGUGGGCUCCACACUCUUCACAAAGGCCAACUUGUUACUCUGUAGAAGAGAUUACCUUCGACUAUUUGGAACAACUGGUUACUGUUCAGCCUGCUCCAAGAUUAUUCCAGCAUUUGAAAUGGUGAUGCGAGCCAAGAAUAAUGUCUACCACUUGGAAUGCUUUGCAUGUCAACAAUGUAACCACAGAUUCUGCGUGGGUGAUCGUUUCUUCUUGUGUGAUAACAAAAUCCUGUGCGAAUAUGACUAUGAGGAGCGAAUGGUGUUUGCUAACAUGUCUAAUUUAUCGUAUGGUUACAAUGCACUCACCCAGAUGAAGCGACAGACUCAGAGUUUGAGUGACGACGUGUCCAGUGGAUACGGCAGUCCUAGUCCGAGUUCUCUCUAAAACCUUCUUACAUUUGUGUAUUCUCGUCAUCUCUCAUUCUACAGCCUCAUCUACAGCAAGUGUAGUGGUGCAUUUAUUGUGUGUGAGUGGGACGCACCGGCAACAAGUAAUUUUACUUCAUAUUUAUUGGGAACCAAACUAAGGAGCAUUCUGAUUGGUGGAGAUAUGCUGCUGACCAUGCUAACAACUAUUUCAUUGGACAGACAAUCCUGUGGUUGAGGGAUGGUUCAUUUUUCAUAUGUGUUGUUACAGAUGAUCAUGGAGUUAUAAUGAUUGAAUUCAGUCUGUAAGUUCUAUUGCUUUCAGUUCAGAUACUAUUGUUGAAUAAAACAAAAUACAUGUGUCUUGGUUCAAUAAAUAUAAGUAUCAUGUAUGAUAUAUUUAGAUAAACAAUUUAAAUAAGUAUGGGAUAAAUCACUGGGUAAUUUUAUACUUCACUACUUUUAUAAUUUCAUCUUUCUAUGUUCUAAAAUGGAAAGCUUAAUAUAUUUCAACUCGUCAUCACAGGACUAGAUUUCUCACUCAGCAAAAUUGCUUGUCGCAAAUUAAAACAAAUAUUGGCUAAUUUUAUUUUACGUUAGCAAAAUAAUUUUUAGUAAUGAUAGAUCUUUUUUUGAAAACAUCUUUGAUUUUCUGCAGUUUUUACAAUUUUAAAGACAAUUUGGCGACAUUUUCUGUUAACUUAGAGCUAUUCUUGCUACAAAAGUUUCAAAUGCUUAAAACAAUAUAAUACUUGUGUACAUUAUAUGGCAAUUUUCCACCGAAAUAUCAAUGCAUAGUAUUCAUCUGCUAAACACUGGAUAUUUGGGGGUACUUUGCACCCCUAGCACCCUCCCCUUGGAUCUGUACCUGAUGUACUAAGAAAAAAUAGAAUUACUUAAACAUGUGAAUAUCUCCCAAGUUUAAAUAUUUUUAGAUUUGUUAAUGUUGACACUCAUGAAUGCUCAGAUUUCAAAUGUUAAUAUACAUUUUCUCAUUUGAUAACUGCUAUAUCAGUUUAAUAGUAUUACAUGUGUAACUGGAGGUUACUAAUAUUUAUUUCUGAAUUCAUUGACUGUAAAACACCUGCAUAAAUAUUUUCAGCAAUAUUUAUCUUGUCUGCGGUGAUGACAUAUAGAUUGGCUAUCACACAGGAGUUCAACAAGCUAUGAACUUGUGUUCACCCUGUCAUUAAUAAAGAUCUAGGAAUGAAAAAACUAAACAUAAAUAAAACAGGAAGCUUAUCAUACAUAAAACAUAGGAUUAUUCAGUCAGUGUGUAAUAUAAUUAUUAAUAUUAAUUAACUGUAAGUCAUGUAAAAGUUAUUUAUUUGUACUAAGUGUGAAACUGAACUUUACGUAACGUUCAGAGUAUAUAGUUUAUAGUUUUGUUAUGUUAAAGGGACUGACUCUAGUUUUUAAACCCUAAGGCAUAUUUUUCACUAUUAAAGCCAUUUAUGAUCACUGAAAUCAAACAUUGCUUAUAUUUUAUUGUUUAGAUUAUCCAUUUCUGUACAACCGAAGUGUUUUGGGUGAUCCUGGUGUUUCUAAUACCAAAAAAUUCAUUUUUCAUAUUUUAAAAAAUGCCUGUGGGUCUGAGAAACAAGUUAUAGAGUCAAGUUUUAGUCUAUGUUUAACGACAUUUCAGUGUUUCCACAUCACAGAUUCUUGUUUCACUCUCUUGUAGCGUUAUACAAAUGAGUUAGAGGUUUGUAACUUAACCAAACUUAGUGUCCAUUUGUACGGGUUGAAACUAGUGUGUGCACCUUUAACUAUGUUGUUGUAUUUUAAACAUGUCUACUCACUCACUUUGUUACAAUUGUAUGCACUAAUUCAUUAGCAUAGAGCUGUCUACACAGACGUACAGUGGUUGUGCUAGCUGGGUAGUGAAUGAAUAAAUACCACUUUUAUUGCUGUCAGUUGGGAGUAGCUAUGAAGCCGUAAUACUGCAAGAGUCAGUACUUUAAAAAGUAAAAACUAUAUUCUGCAUAUAGGAAUCCAGCCAUUUUUAAAAUAUCUCUUGAAAAUAAAAUCCAUGCCAACUAUAAAAAAUAUAAAAAAUGAUGUGAUGAAUUAUAAUAGAAAUUGUGGGUGAAGGAUGGUAUCAAAAAGGUUGAUUGAUCAGAUUUGCAUUAAUUAUAAUAAACUUAAUAUUUAUAACACACGAGUCUAUACUGUAUAUCUGUUUUAGGGUUGGGUUUUUUUUUUCACCUUUAGUUAUUUGUUGAAUACUGGUCUUUACAUUAAUGGUGUUUUUUGGUCUGUUUUAAGAAAUAAUACUGUACUAACUGAUAUUUGUUUAAUUCAUGUAUAUUGGUGUAUUUGCAAACUUAAUGUAAUGGUUUUCAACUUUGUGAGACAUCAUAUAUAUAUAUAUAUAUAUAUAUAUAUAUAUAUAUAUAUAUAU